AUGUGCAACAAAUUUGUGGGAAGCUGGAAACUCAUCUCUAGUGAAAAUUUUGAUGAUUACAUGAAAGAAUUGGGAGUGGGAUUGGCGACUAGGAAACUUGGUAACUUGGCAAAACCUAAAACCAUCAUCAGCAUGAAGGGUGAUGAGGUCACAAUCAGAACAGAAAGUGCCUUUAAAAAUACACAGAUCAUAUUUAAGUUGGGUCAAGAAUUUCAAGAAACCACAGCUGAUGGCAGGAAAACCAAGACUGUUGUAACCUUAGAAAAAGGAGCACUGGUUCAAGUGCAGAAAUGGAAUGGCAAAGAAUCGACAAUAAGGAGGAAACUAAUUGAUGGGAGAAUGGUGGUGGAAUGCAUCAUGAAAGGAGCCCUGUGUACAAGAGUUUAUGAAAAAAUGUGACAAAACUCGAAGUUUAUACCCGAUGAGACUAGUUCUUCAAUCCACAUCAUUUCCUUGAGUGGCUGAGGAAUUGCCAUUUCUUUUCACCUUUUCCCUUUGUGCCUUUUACAGGAGAGCAACUAAGCUAUAAGUAUUCAUUUUAAAAAAUUAAGAAAGUAGAUCACAUUUGAGACUAAACACAUGCUUACCAUUGUAUAAAUGUGUAAUUUUGGUGAGAUUAAAUGGUUGCAUUCAGCCUUCCUGAACAUCCCGUUAAUGAGUUGUUCUUAUUCCGUAGUGAUGCACUGUUGCACUAGUGAAUCUAUAGACAUUUUACAUAGAAAGAAGCAUAUUUAUAUUUUCUUUAAAUGGCACGUUAUAUAGUCCAGGUGUGC